AUGAGCGACGACAAAAAAACGAAAUUCAACACCGGAGUCGUGAUUCUCACGUUCUCCCAGCCUUCACCGCCAGAAAAACUGAAAAUUGGAUACCGCGUCUGCAGAACCGAAAAGUACUACCCCCGACCAACGCAAUGCUACCGGUGUUACGAGUAUCAGCACAUUAGUAAAUUUUGCAAAAAAGAAGAACGCUGCCGAACCUGCGGCGAAAAGGCACACCUGGAAAGUGAUGAAUGCUCGAAAGAAAUAAAGUGCAUAAACUGCGACGAUAAUCAUAUCUCGACCAGCAAGGCAUGUCCAAUUUUCAGGCAAGAGCAGCAAAUAAUCAAAAUAAAAACGGAUAAAAACAUCUCAUACACCGCAGCCCGGAAACAACUUAUCAACAACAACGAAAAACCAAGUUACGCAAAAGUUACAGGCGAUGUCCAAACCAUCGUCGAAAAAGCAAGAAAACAGUGGGAAAAGGAGCUGGAGGAGAAAAUGAGCUUUAUCUCGGAAAAAAUGAAAGUUAUUUCGGAACGAAUGGAAGCGCUCAACGAAAAGGAAGCAAAUAUUAAAAACUGGUAUAACUACCUCAAAGAUAAAGAAAAGAAUUUAAAGAUCACUGAAGAGAAAAUGCAAAAAGAUAUCGAAGAAAUGAAAACGCACUGUGGCAAGCUAACAAACGAGCUGCAAAAAAAGGAUGAAUUAAUAGAAAAACUAACAAAAAACAUUGAGCCGCAGACCCAGAAAACGAUCACAACUAAAGACAAACAUGGAAAAAAUAAAUAA